CCUAUCCCAUUCAUCGCACUGCUUAUAGUCCAUCAGGCCGCCUCUACUUUUCCUUGGCUCAUUAUGUCGCUCACUUCGCCCUCGAGUCUUCACUCUUACUUACCCGGUCAUCCUACAGACUCCAGUCCGGAGCAAUCAAUGCUGGAUUCAAUGAUAUUAAGACCUGUUGUGUAUCCUCAGCAGGUGGGCCGACUGGACUGAAUAAUAGGGACCAAUCGAUUGUUAAGCGAGUUGGUCUUGACAAUGAAUCACAAGUCAUGAAUACCUUGACUCGAUAUGUAUCACGUGGAUCAAUCCGCCUCAAUUGGAAGCAACGAGAUAAAGCUCUCGGGAAUGCUUUAAAUGAUUAUUUGUUCCGCGUCGUCAUCAACUAUUUGGCGUUGGAAUUCAAUCAAGAUAUAACCAAUGCCAAUCUACGUCUAAACCAAGAUGUCACCUUUGGAGCUACUCAUCAGGAUGGCUCUCCAUUAUUAAUGUCUUCAAUGCUGCGCUUGCAGCGCCAAAGCUUUGCUUAUCUAGAGGCGGUCACUGGUUCGCCUCGCCUUGUCAAUCAACUUCUGAUUUCUCGUGACUCUAUUACUGCAGGAUCAUCGAUUGCUUGGCCAUUUAACCCCUCCAUUAUGGCGUUUUCCACUCUGCCAUUGGAUUCAUCAAGCUUAGCGGCGGCUUUUACAAAGUUAUUUACUUUAGUAUCCAGAUCACAUCGUCCUCGGAUGACCUAUCAGAUAUGCACAUUGCGUCUUCUUUGUGUAAUAGUACUUAGAGGUAUGCUGCUUUAUCACUACUUUCUUAUGACUCAAUGA